GUGCAAGUGGCUCGGCGAUCGGCAAGUUGGUCUGCGAACCAGACCAUUCACUACUAUAACAACUGUACCUAUCAUGAUGCCUUCAAGGGAUUCCAUAUCGCCUAACUCUCCGAGGACCUCAUUGAGCGCUAUACAAUCCAUGGACACGGCUCAUAUUUACUAAGAAUAGACUCUUAUUUUCGUACCCCAGUUCCCACCUGUACCUCCAGUUUCCCAACAUGCACGAAGCUACACUCUACGUCGCCGUCUUUGCUGCUCUCUAUAUCCUCUGGCACUAUACUAAACCAACUCGUCAUCCCCCUGGUCCUUUUCGUUGGCCAAUAGUUGGCAACGUCUUUGAUAUUCCGACCGAAACUCCCUGGCGCCAGUUUGCGGAAUGGGGGAAGCAAUACGGCGACGUCGUCUAUCUUCGUGUAUUUGGUCGCUCUAUCUUGAUACUCAACUCUUUGGAGGCGAUCACAGACUUGUAUGAACAGAAGUCAAGUAUAUAUUCGGAUAAAAGCCCGAGAGUCAUGGGUGAAUUGAGUGGCUUUGGUCGUGUCUUAGCAACGAGACUGAACGGGGAUGAUGUCAGGGAGACCAGGAAGCUUCUGAACACCGAGUUCGGGCCUCGCGCAGUCAAAAGGCACUCACAUAUACUGGAAGAGAAUGCUCGCCACCUUUGCCAAGCGAAUAUUGAGCACCCAGAAGCGUUUCGGAACAAUAUACGAAGAAUGGCCGUAGCAAAUAUCAUGCGGAUAGCGUAUGGCUAUAUCGUCGCUGAGGAGGUGGAAGCGGACGAGUUAGUUGUUCUAGCCACUCAAGUAAUGCGUGACGUCAGCACAGCACUAGCCCCCAACUCAUUCCUCGUCAAUUCACUUCCAUUCCUGAGGUAUAUACCAUCGUUCGUACCUGGUGCCUCCUUCCAGAAAACAGCUGCCAGAUCUCGGGAAACAUUCGAUCUUUUCUUAAGGAAACCUUUUGAGGUCGUCUUAAAACAAGUGAAAUCUGGAACUGCUCUUCCUUCACUGUUAUCCAACGCCCUCGAGGGAAAUGGUCUCGAGAACAGUUUGUCCGAUACUGCAUAUCUAAAUCGUCUGAAAGAUGCUGGAGCGGAAGUAUACGGUGCGGGAACUGACACGAACGUCAGCCUCAUCACUUCUUUUCACUUAGCAAUGGCACUCUACCCAGAUGCUCAACGACGAGCUCAAGAGGAGAUAUCAGCGGUCAUAGGGAUCGAGCGCCUGCCUAAGCUAUCAGAUCGCGAAUCCUUACCCUAUGUUUACGCUCUCGUUCAAGAAAUCUUCCGAUGGAACCCAUCUGUUCCUUCUGUGACUCGCGCCAUUUUAGUGCCUGACGUCUACCGUGGUUUCGAUAUUCCCGCUGGCACAGUGAUUGCUGCGAAUAUCUGGGCUGUCAUGCAAAACGAAAGCUGGUUCCCUGAUCCUCAAACGUUCAAACCGGAGCGACACUUGAAUCGGGACAAGGAGUCUCAAAUUCCCGAACCGACAAGUUUGGCUUUUGGUUUUGGCCGUAGAUCUUGUCCUGGUUCUUACCUUGCAUUCGAUACUGUGUGGAUCACUGUUGCAACGACUUUGGCCACAUGCACUAUUUCACCUGAGCUUGACGCGGAAGGAAGGGCUGUCCUUCCCGAGGUCAGAUACACGAGUGGAGCAUUCAGCCAUCCGUAUCCAUUCCGCUGCAGAAUUCACCACCGUUUUGAAGGAGUCUCUGAGCUACUAGAUUCCCAAUGAAUAUCACUUUUGGCGUCAAAACGGACCACACCUGUAAAUACCAAUCAGGGCAACCACCAAUUCUAAAUGUCAUGGAUUCGCUGCAACAAGUUGUUCCCAGGAGUAUCAAGCAUAGGAGAUGGUAUAACUAAAAGGAUGAUUAAACCGCAUGUACCCAAGUCAAAUAAGAAUCAAGAUCAAGUA